AUGGUGGACGAAAUUUGUAGAUCAUGUAUUGUAUGCCAAGCUGCAUCUACAAGAAUUAUUCCAGACCCGAUCACACCAACAUUACUACCACGAGAUGUGUUUUCUGAAGUCAGUUGUGAAUUUUGUGGACCAUUUCCAGACGGUUACAUGUUACUAGUUGUUAUAUGUGACUACAGUAGAUUUCCAGUAGUUGAAAGAAUCAAAUCGACAGCCGCAGAUACAGUCAUACCGCGAUUAGAGGCGAUAUUUUCGAUAUUCGGAUAUCCAGAGGUAGUGAAAACGGACAAUGGACAUCCGUUUCAAAGCCGCGCAUUCAGAGAAUUUGCUUAUAAUUCGGGAUUUAAACAUAAACGAAUCACUCCAUUGCACCCACAGGCAAAUGGAAUAGUGGCGAGAUUUAUGGCGCCACUGCAAAAAGCAAUUAAACCAGCGAUAGCGUCAAGACAAGAUUAUAAAAGAGCGUUAAGUAGAUAUUUUAUGAAUUUUCGGAACACACCACAAACAACUACACAAACAGCUCCUAGUGAAUUAAUGUUUAAUCGUAAAUUAAAGACAAAAUUACCAAAGAUGACAUUUGAUAACAAAGAUACAGAUAUUCGAGACAGGGACAGUCUAUCAAAAGCGAAAAACAAAAUAUACGCUGAUAAGAAACGUAGACCUUAG